AGGUGGGAUCUUGUGGAAUCCCGCGGGAAAACUUCGGCAUUUCUCCGUGUCGACUUCAGGCCACGACCAGGCAUGGAACUGUUUCUUUUGAACAUAUCCAACCAACAAGGCGAAUGUCACUUUCAACAAAUCAGUUUCUCGGCGCCUAGACCAAAGGGCUGCACAAGUGUACAGGCAGAACAACAAACACUGCUCCCACGUGAAUGUUCCAAAUCCGGCGGAGCGUGACUCAACGGACAUUCAAGGCUUUCAGCAAGGAAAUCCGUACUUCCACCCCUCUCGCAACUCCCUUGACUACUUCCCACAGAUGUAUCAGCAGGUGGUGCAUGUCUCCCGGCCGACGAAUCACGACUUCACCUGAGGGCAGGAAAAGACGCAAACUCAACUCCUCUCCAAUCUCCACCACACGGCAAACGGCGUCUAACAAAAUGUCGCCUCUGCUGGUCCAGGAAGUGGACCAGGAGCCUCCGAAUGCCAUUGAAUUCACUUUGACACCCGUUGAAGCGACUCUCCGCAGACUUCUCCUCGACGUGGCAAACUACAUUGACAACAUCCCGCCUCCUCAAGAUGGCCAGAUAAAACUUCCACCAGAUCUGGCAAACGAAAAGAUCGUCCUACGCUUCACUGGUGGCUGGGUGCGAGACAAGCUCCUUGGUGUCCCCAGCCAUGACAUCGACGUUGCCAUCAACAAGAUGACCGGCUACCAGUUUGGUCUCAAGAUGAAAGAGUACCUUGAAAUCCCCGGGAAUCCGGAGAAGUACGGUCUGGAAGGCGUCAGCAAAUCCGACAAAGCUGGCACGACGGACAAGUCCAAGACAGUUGGAGGCUUGCACAAGAUCGAAGCCAAUCCGGAAAAGUCGAAACAUCUGGAGACGGUGACGACGAAGAUUCUGGGCUUGGACAUCGAUCUGGUCAACUUGCGAAAAGAGACCUACACCGACGAGUCGCGCAAUCCUGCCAUGGAGUUCGGAACACCUGAGGAGGAUGCGCUGAGGAGAGACGCUACUGUGAACGCCAUGUUUUACAAUCUCAAUACCGAGUCUGUGGAGGAUUUCACGGGAAGGGGAAAGGAGGAUUUGAAGGCCCAGAUCCUGAGGACCCCACUCGAGCCAUAUCAAACCUUCAAAGAUGAUCCCUUGCGAGUCUUGAGGUUGAUACGCUUUGCAAGCCGCCUGGGCUACCGCAUCGAUCCUGCAGCAAUGGAAGCUAUGAAGGACAACGACAUUAAGGAUGCACUGAGACGGAAAAUCAGUCGCGAGCGAGUUGGGGUGGAGAUGGAGAAGAGUCUGCGAGGGCCAGAUCCCCACGAGGCAUUGCGCUUGGUGUUUGACUUGGGACUGUACGAGACCAUCUUCUCCGAUCCCACCGUUAUUGUGGAUGCACAUUAUACCCCCGACACCGAAGGAUGGGCCAAAUUGAUGCAAUUCGCAGCGGAUACUCUUGCCGAUGGACAAAGCUUGGAGGAAAUCCUCGUCAGAGAUGACGAAGAGCGAUACCUUGCCUGGCAGCUGGCGGCUCUUGUACCGUAUCGAGAUGCCCCCCAAGGCGAGCCGUUGGAGGCUGGACGUCGUGCUCCACCCCCAAUCGCCUCUUCCGUGGCCAGAGAAGGCAUCAAGGCGACGAAUAAAGUGUGCGACGUUGUCACUGCCGCAGUGAGAAAUCAGUCCGAAAUCUCCCGUCUCGUGGACCAGCUCUCUCAGCAAAAGCGCAGACCCGACAAGAAGGUGGAAGGGGAAGACGCGUCUGCCCGAGAUGUCCUCGGUAUGGCCGUCCGGAGAUGGGGUGCGAGUUGGCGGAGCCAAGCGAUGUACUCUCUGUUGGUGGAGGUGGCAGAUGAUCCUGCUGCCGUCACGACAAUCGAGCGCAAAUACACCCUGUUCGUCGAGCAUCUCAAAACACUCAACAUCCUCGACGCAUACACGUUCAAGCCACUCCUGGACGGCAAAACCCUCGCAAAAGCAAUCAACACCCCUCCCGGUCCUUGGAUGAAGGACGCCCUGGACGUAGUCAUGACCUAUCAACUGCGCAAUCCCGACACAGCAAACACGGACGACGCCAUCGCCGAAGUGCAGCUCCAGCGUCAACAUCAAAACGGGGCAGGCGAUGAUUCUGGCACGACGGGGAAACGAGGUGAGCUCACAUCCUCCCUCAUCCACCACUUCCUCAAGCUUACCAUCCGUCCGCUCUUCAUCAAGGCUAAGCUGAGCGCUGUCACCGAUGCGGGACGGAAGAAUACGACGACCGUACUGCCGCAGAAAGUAACUGUGAAAAGCAUGGACGAUAGUAUCAACCGGCCUUGGAAGAGUGGAAAGGACGCCUAUGCUCUCGACUUGCUCCGGUGGUGCGUGAAUGCACUUGAUGGGGCCACGGUAGAGCAAGUCUGGCCGCUCGUUGUCCCGCCAUUACUGACGCUGGUCGACGACCGCGAGGCCAAAUAUAAAAUCCUCGGUGCAGAACUGAUCGGGCGACUGCUCGAAAUCACGCCGCCAAGUUUGAUCGCUAAGACGGGGCUAGGCGAGGUCUUCGAGGACGCACUACUACCCUCACUGGCAUAUCUACCCACCAUCACACCAGAAGAAGAGUCCAUUCCGCUUCUAAACGCGACAUAUCCUGCCCUCCUCGCCCUCAUAAACCUACGCUAUCCCAACUCCACACCAUCCCAAACCGCAGCACCGCCAACUCCAUCCCCCGAUCGCACAAAACACCUCGACACCGUCCUUCGCAAAGGCAUCAUCUACGGCUACACAGUCUGCAGUCAACGCCCGCACAUCGUUUCUACGCUCUUUACGCACCUAACGCCUUUUUUGACUGAGAUGGGUAUUGACUCCGUCAAGCAUCUCAAAUACCUUCUUCCCAUCCUUACGGAAACCCUCUCAUACCCCCUCGGCGACGCGAGGGUGGAAACACUGCUCAGCGCGACAAGAGCGCUGCAGGCUGUGAUUUUGAAUGCGUGGCCGCGAAUGGUCGUGCAUCGCGGGGAGGUGUUGAAGGGGUUGGCAUUCUGCUGGAUCAAUAUCAAGGAGAGCGAGGGGGAGGGAGUCGAGGAGUUGAGAAGGGAGUUGAAGGAGGCGGUGGGGAUGUUGCGCGCUGCUGUCGGGGAAGAAGUGGAUUUUGAGCACGAUGCUAGGACUUUACUCGAGGCUGAGCCGGGGUUGGAAGGUCUGCUCGUUGCGCGAUGAUAGUGCGUACGUACUGAUGAAGCAUGACUACGCUGAACACUCUCCGCUGCUCGCUUUGACAUCUCGCUGCUCUGAAUACUAUAUGCUGCC